AUGUUCUCUCGCGCACUCAUCCUCGUCGCUGGCAUGCUUGCCAUGGCCGCUGCUGUUUCUGCCGCCCCCGCACCACUGAAGCGUCAAGAUACGACCGUCUACAAUGGUCAGGCCAGCUACACCGAGUUCAACGGUGGUUACGGUAACUGGUGAGCCAUUGGCGUCGAAUCGUGCAGCGUCUGAUACACUGCGAAUGCUCAAGUCGCACACUCUGCCUGCACCAUCUUGCAGCGGAAGCCAAGUGCAGAACUCGGAAGCUGCGGUCGGCAUCGACCGCAACGUCUACGGCAACGGUGACCAUUGCUUCCAAUUCAUCGAGGUGAGUAGCAGCAGCAAAUCAGCAUCCUUCGCCAACUCUUCCGCGACAAUUUUUUCCCCUUCCGAUCUAAACGUUUGUCACCCACGCCCUUUUUUUUUGCUUGCUUGUUUGCAGAUUACCGCUCGCGGCAAGACUGUCCGUGCUCAAGUCGUCGACAGCACGGAUGGCGAUGGAGCCCUCAACCUCUCCACUUCCCUCUUUGAGCAAUUCGCUCCUCUGGAUGCCGGUGUCUUUGACGCAUCUUGGCAAUUCGUUCAGUCCGACAACUGA